AAGGGCAAUUUAGGCAUUUGAAUAAAACCAAAAUGGGUUUUUCUAGAACAAUUGGUCUCUGCCUUUUUGGAUUCGAUAAUAAUGGUUUUUUUUUUUUUUAAAACCCUAAUUUCACCAUUGUUUCCAUUUUCUCCCCAUUUUCUCUCUCAAAAUCCUAAAAAGAAAAGAACAACCAGGUUAUAUUAUAUUCAAAACAGCCAAAAAAUAAAAAUCAAUUGCUCAUCAACCACUCUCUCAUAAAAUUCAUUUUCUAUUUUCCAUUUACUUUUUUUUUUAUUUUGUUUUUUCUUCUAAUUUUUCCUUAUUUUCAAUAACUUUCUCUUUGUUGAAAACUAGGGUUUGCGCUAAUGGUGGGUUUUGUCUGUUGAAAUUAGGGUAUUUUUGGGAUAAAUAUUCAAUUCUCCUGUAAGGGAAGUGUGGUUGUAGUGGCUUCCCAAAUAUAUAGGCCUUAGGUUUGAAGGUGAGUUUGGGUUGGAAAAGAUGUCAUCAAAAUAUCAAAUACUUGACAAUAGACCAAUUGAUCAAUGGAAGGUUACAGAGUUGAAAGAAGAACUUAAGAGGCGGAAACUGACAACUCGGGGCUUGAAAGAGGAGUUGGUAAGACGUUUGGAUGAGGCCCUUAGAUUGGAAAGGGAAAAUGCUGAAACUGAGGAAGAUAAUGGUUUUAAUUCUGAUCCCCAGCCUACAGAUGAGGGAGGGAUUGAAAAGGCAAUGGCAGUUAUUGUUGAGACAGUUAAAGAUGAUGUGGAUCAUAGUAGCAGUGAGAUCAAGAAGGAGAGUGGGGUGAAGGUUCAUGUUGACAUUAAUGAGAGUGCAGCUGCUUUGGGUCAUGAAGGAGUUCAAGGAAGCGACAGCUUGGUGGAAAAGGAGCUUGUUUCUGAAACCACUACUAUUCAGACUGAGAUAAUGGUUACCAAGAAUGUGGUAUCUGAGGUACCAUCUACUGAGAAAGAGAGCUCAGGGCAAAAUGAGAAUGUGUAUACUGAUAUCAAAGUGGAGAGUGAGGAUCCUAAGCUCCAGUUCGAGACUGAUGAUCCAAAGCCUGAGGUGGAGAAUGAUGAUCCAAAGGGCCAACUGCAGGGUUCAAAUCCUCAGCUGGAGGGUGAUGAUGAUUCGAAGCCUCAGCUGGACAUUGAAGAUUCGAAGGUGCAGCUGGAGAACGAGGGUUUGAAGGUUCUACACGAGGAUGACGUGCAUGAUUCUUCUGCUCCGAACAUCCAGGUAUCUGAGGUCAGCCCUGAUUUAGGGUUGCAAGUAAAAUCUGAUUCUAUAUCUACUGAUUCUGUCUCAAAUAAUGAAAAGAUUGAAUUAAAGGAUAAUAUACUUGCUGAUAAUGUCAAAUUAGACUUAGAUGUUGUAAAGCCAGAGAUGGUGGAACCAUCAUCCAGCAAUGUUGUCCCAAUUAGUGGUGAAUCACAUCCAAUGGAUGUUGAAGAUCUGCCUGAGAACAAGGCACCUGUUGAUGGGAGAGAUGGCAAGAAUGUUACAAAUGUAGACAUGGGUAAUAAAAAUGACAGUGCUGAGACAACCUACUCGGAAAAAUUAAAUUUGGAUAGAAGUUCUGGUGAUGACUCUAUGGAGGAGGAUAUGCUUGAGAGUAAACAAAUUGAUUCAAAAUGUAGUGCUGAUGAAAUGGGAGAUAAGAGUGAGAAUAAUGGAGCACCUAUUAUCAAGGAGAAAAGUCCUCUUGGUGAUGUAAGAGAUGAUUUAUCUGUAGAUAAAAAGGACACCUUGGUUGAGAAUAAGAGCCGGUCUUUUGUUCCUGCUGAGAAAAGAAAGCUUCAUGAUCAGGAACCUGUUGGUAACAAUGAGCUUGCAAAACGGCGCAAAUGGAAUUCUGACAAUAUAGAAGUUACAGAACAUCAAGGCUCUAAUCUUACAGCCAUCAGCACACCUAAAGACACCCCUCAGCCUGCUGCUUUGAGACGUAACUUCUCUAGAUCAGACUCAACAGCAAGUGAAGGUGCACAAAAGGAACGAGUUGUUCCCCCUUCUCAAAAUGCUCCUACCACGUCCCUCAGAAUUGAUCAUUUUCUGCGCCCUUUUACCUUGAAAGCUGUACAAGAACUUCUAGGGAAAACUGGGACUGUAACUAGCUUCUGGAUGGACCACAUUAAGACCCAUUGCUAUGUUACAUAUUCAUCUGUAGAAGAAGCAAUAGAGACACGAAAUGCUGUUUACAACCUUCAAUGGCCACCUAAUGGUGGCCGUCUAUUGGUGGCCAACUUUGUUGAUCCCCAGGAAGUUAAAACUCGGCUUGAUGCUCCACCACAGACUCCAACUACUCCUGGGACUUCUGGUUCUACUGCUCCUCAAGCUCAACCUACUUCUCAUCCCCAGCCAUCUUUGCGUCAGCAGGUUUCUAGGCAGCAGUUUCCACCACCUUCUGCACUUCCUCCACCACCACCUUUGCCUAACCCUCCACCAGUUAGAGAACGUCUCCCUCUUCCGCCGCCACCUCCAGAGAAACCAGAUCCUCCCAUUGUCACUCUGGAUGAUCUAUUUUGGAAAACCAAAGCAACUCCUCGGAUCUACUAUUUGCCUUUGUCAGAUGAGCAAGUUGCAGCCAAGCAAGCAGCACAUGGCAGAAACAUCAAGCUGUAGAGAUCAGGUCUGCAGGUUUUGCUUUAUUGGAAGGAAUAGUUCCAGCCAUGCAGGGGGGAGUCCAGUGAUGGCUAUUGGUUUUCUGACAGCUACUUUGGGCUUGAGUUCAAUUUUCAUUUAGCACUAGAAUCCUUCAAACGUUGAGCUCUCUUUAGUUAUGGAUUGAUUCUCCUUUGUUCUAAUUUGGUUUUCCUACAGAACAGUAGCUUCAACUUUUAUGAACCUGAUUUGGUAGAAUCUUACUCACUCUAGAUGUUGUUAUUUUAAUAGAUUUGUCAAAAGGUUAUGUAGACUCCUUGGUAUCAUGUUAUUGAACUCGUUAUAUGUAUGUGUAGGUUUUAUCGUUCUGCUCUUCCUAACUUGAUGAAACAAUGACUAAUGAGUAAUAACAGAGAUUCUUCUCUCCAUCUCAUAAGUUUCAUGUUUUCACUUUUGAAUCACCAUUGUUAUAGAUGAGUUUUAAAGAGUGGGGGGCUCAGAGCAUGAGCCAGAGAUGAAGAGUCCAUUGCCUAGAGGUUGUGAAAAGAGUUGAUGAAGAUCCUGGAAGGGUGUUAUUGGUAUCAGAAUGGGGUUAUCGCUUGCACCAAACUCUGUUCGUAUUGGAAUGGUUAGGAUGAGAUGACUUGAGAAGUGAGGAAGUCUGAAAUUUUUAUACAUAAUUCAAUGUUACUCUGGAGGGAUUUGGAAAACAAGGAACGUGAUUGAUAGAUGUUGAAUGCGUCGAAGGAAUGUUAAUGCUAUAUGGAUGCAGUCCUUGGGAUUAAACUAAAUUUUCUAAAUAUUCAAUAUGUAUUUGAAUUCUAAUAAAAACAAAAUUUUAAAUCUAAA